AUGGAGCGCGGAAGAGGAAGAGACCUCGGCCGCAAGAAAGCGAGGGACAAGCAGAAUGCUCUGGUCACCCGCGAGCAAACCAAGAAGCUCCUCGACGUCCUCGACCCCCUCAUACCCCAGGGGGAGAGGAGCUUGGGCGAGCUGAGGGGGAGCUUGCCGUCUCGGAGGACGCUGCUGCACCUGCUGGAGGACCUGGUGACGCACUUGCGGGCCAUGCCGGCGUCGUCUCGGGCGAGCAGGAAGGAGCGAAAGCCCGGCGUGUCGCUGGAGGAAGCGACGGCGAGGGUCAUGUCGAGCCGGAGGGAGAGGAUCGUGUCGGUGGAGCUACCGAGCUGGAGGAUCAAGUGCGGGAGCGUGGGGCUAGAGGGGAAGGACAGUGCUUCCUCCAUCUGGUCGAGAACGAGAGCCUGGACGUGCUACGAGCGGCUGGGCAGGCGGUGUCGGGUGAUACCGGCGCAUGUGUCGUGCAUGGGGGAAGGCGUGUUCGUACUGGAGGCACAGGAGGAGGCGGAGGUGAGGCACGCGUGGCCAGGAGAUCUUGUAGGGAAGUUCUGCAUGGUAGUGCGGAGAGACCCGGGGACGUCGAACGCGUGCGCGUACGACAUCGACCAGGCGCUGAGGGGGCUGGUAUCAGAGAGCCGGGGCUUCAUGAUGGAGGCGCUGAAGGUGUUAUCGACGGAUCACGCGUCACAGAGCAUCAUGGAGAGAGUACGAGGAAGCAUGCAGAGCCUUGGGAGCUCCUUCGCAACGUACAUGAGCAGGCUGGCAGACACCCAUCUUUCACUGGGGAUGGACGAGGAGAAUAACCCUUUCGUCGAUUACUACGUUCGGAUGAGGCUGCCUCAGCUUGUCGGAGGCUUCAAGUCGAACUGGAAACGAGUCAUGAAGAUGGCGUAUGAUGGAGGCGAAACAGAGCUGGGCGAUGAGAACACCAACGUUCACGGGUUUGUACAUAAUCAGGGCGAGGAAGACUUGUUGAAAGUUACGAUGCUAUACCUGCACUCGUCGACGGGAAUCUGCUACUUCUCUCGGAGGUUCACGACCACGCCUAUGGGAACGUUGCAGAGUGUGCGGGUGUUUCGAGACGGAUCCGACGAGGUGAAGUGA